AUGCAGAUGGCGGCGCCUGCGGCCCGCCCGAGGCGGAGCGAAGGCAGAGCGAGGGAGCACGGACGCGAAGCGAGCACGGAGAGCACCGUGCAGGUGGGCCUCAUCUCCGCGUCGUUCGCCGCCGGCAUGUUCUUCGCGGUGGCAUUCCUCCCCAAAUGGAGCGAUCGGCACGGCAGGAAGUGGACCGCGUCUCUGGCGCUGAUGUGCGUGGCGGGCGGCUUCGCCCUGCAGGGCUUCGCCAUCUUCCAGAGGACCUCCCCGCCUCUGCGCAGGCGGCCGCUGCGCCGGCCGUCUGCGCGGCGGCGAGGCAUCGCCAGCAUUCAGGACGCGCUCGGCUUCGCCGCCUUCCUGGCGGCCCCGUCGGGUGGGCAGGCGUCCGCCACCAUGGCCUUCAUCGUGGGGCCCUCCCUCGGCGGCUGGCUGGCCGCGAGCCGGUUGGGACCCGCGGGCCCGUUCUGGGCAACCGCCAUCUCGCAGCUGCUGGGUUCGCUCCUCAUCGCGCUGUUCGUGGAGGAGUCCGUAGGCCUGCGGCAGCGGCCGCCCGCGCCCGACGCUGAUGGUUCACUUCGGUCCCCCGCGGGCGCCGAGGCGGAGCCAGAUCGGUGGCAGUGGUCCCUGGCGGCCCUCGUGUUCGUCAUGUCCUUCCUGUAUGUCAUCAGCCAGUCCUGCUUCUCCUCGUUUUUCCCGCUGCUCAUGAGCGAUUGCUUCCGCUCGCUCCCGGGCGACAUCGGGGAGACCAUUACGAGGACCGCGGUGGUCGCCCUCGUCUUCCAGGUGUGCCUCUACAGGCGGCUCGUGCGGUGGAUCAGCCUGAAGUGGGUCAGCUUCCUCGGCGCCCUGGCCAUCUUCCUGGGGCUGGCGCUGCUGGGCUUCGCCGGCCGGGCCGGCCUAGAGGCCUCCAAGGGCUGCCCCUCGGCGAUUCUGUGGGUCGGCAUAGGCAUCUACGGCUUCGGGGUUGCCUCGUUCCCCGCCUUCAUCCCGACCGUGCUGGCGAGGGUCGUGCCCCCGACGCAGCGCGGCGUCGCGCUGGGCAUAGACUCGAUCGUCAACAACAUCUGCCGCAUAUGGGCGCCCUGGCAUCUCGGUCAGCUGUACUCGAGGAGCCCGGGCCUGUGCUUUUCGGCCGGCGGCUCGUCCAUGCUCUUCGUGUCGCUCCUGGUGCUCUACCUCGGUGACAGGACCAGAGGCGAGAAGCUGUGAGGUGCGCAGCUCUUGCUCAGGCGACCCCCCUCCUGCCAACGCAUGAUCCACUUACUGGCCGAAGGGCUGUAACAUUGGUUGCAGUUGACGGUGCUUUUUUAGUGGCAUGCGAAACAUGAUUUUUCGACGGGUGGAUUUCUGCGGCGAGGACUAUCACUUUUCGACGCUUCGCGCAUUCCCACCGGCUGGCCCGGACACCCUGCUCGCCGCCUGCCUCUUCGCUGGCGGCCGUGACCGA